UCUAUUUUUUCAAUCAGUAGAGACCUGACUGUGGUCAGCAAAAUUAUUUUACAAAAUUGGUUCUGUAUAUUUUUUUUUAAAUUCAAUUAGUAUUACAUUUUAAUAAUUUGUUACAGUACUUUUAUUUUACAAAAAUGCUUGUGUUAUGCAAAUUUUAUACUAGUGUUAUUGUGUUUUAUAAUUUUGUAUCGCUUAGUGUGCAAAAUACACUUCAAUUAAAACAAGUGAAUGUGUUAUUCAGACAUGGUGAUCGUACACCAGAUACACUUUAUCCAGGAAUUCCAUACACAAAAGAAGAUUAUUUUCCCACUGGUAUUGGAGGAUUAACAAAUCAUGGUAAAUUGAGAGCUUUUAAACUUGGAGAAACACUUAGACACAAAUAUAAUGAUUUUCUUGGAAGCACCUAUUUAUCAAAAGAUGUUAAAUCUCAUAGUUCUGAUUUUGAACGUACAAAAAUGAGUUUACAACUUGUUUUGGCUGGUUUAUAUCCUCCUAAUGCCAUGCAAAAAUGGAAAGCUGAUUUAAAUUGGCAGCCUAUUCCAUUUAGAAGUAUUCAUCCAACAUCAAAGGAUUAUGUAUUUCGUCGUUUUGAAACAUGUCAAAAAUAUGUUAAUGAAGAAAAAAAAAUAUUCAAUUUAUCCGAUGUAUCAAAGAAAAUUUCUAAAUUUAAUUAUUUACUAAAAAAUAUGACAAAUGAUACAAAGAAAAAUUUAACUGAUUUAGCACAUUUACGAAUUCUUUAUUGCAAUUUAAUUUCAUUAAAAGCAAUGGGAUUAAAACUUCCACAAUGGGCGAACAAUCCACAUAUUCAAAAUGAUCUUCUUAAUGCAGCAAUUACUAGUUUUGAUUUAAUGAGUUACAAUGAUGAACUAAAAAGAAUUAAUGGAGGGGCAUUUAUACGGAUAUUUGUUGAAAAUAUAUUGGCAAUAAAGAAUCGAACAUCAAAAGUUAAUCCUAAAUUAAAUUUAUACAGCGGUCACGAUAUGAAUAUUUUAGCAUUGUAUUCAUCUUUAAAUUUAGGUAAAUCGCACAUAUCGGAAUUUUCUAGUGCAAUAAUACUUGAACUAUUUCAUCAAGAGAAUACAUAUUAUAUUAAAAUUUGGUAUUACCUGGGAAUUCCUUCAGAAAUGAAAGAAAUGCAGAUUUCAAAUUGUCCAAUAUUGUGUCCACUAGAGUGUUUUCUUCAUCAGACAAAAACUGUCAUUCCAUCAGAUGAUGAAUUUAAAUGUGUCACUAAUUAAAUACAUUCAAGUAGAAAAUUAAAUUUAACGUCUUAGAAAAUAUAAUAUCAAUAUGUGAAUUUUUCUCCAUAAAAUAAAAAUCUACAAAUUA